AUGGUGACACUGCGCCCUCGAAAAAUAAAGGCCACCAUCGGCACGACCAAAGAGGUGAUUGCCACGAAGAACAAAUCAUCUGGCCGUCCUGCUGCCAAAAUUGCAAAAAUGGCAGCCACUUGUUCUUCCGCGUCGUCGUCUGGCGGCAAAACAAAGACUACCAAAGCCACGAGCAGCCUAAAAAAGGCAUCGAAGACAAAUGAUGCGAGAUACAAGGUCACCGAAACCAGCACGGCGUCCAGUUUGAAGGGGGCCAAGGACCCAGAGGGCAUUCUGGAAGAAUACUUGACGACCAUGGUUGCGGAUCACGACGAAACCAAACAUGCCGCCAUUAAGGAGCUACAUGCCUUGAUUCGUCAAAAAGCACCUAAUCUGGUACCCGAGCUACAAGGAAAGAGUACUCUGGCGUAUGGUGGAUUUGAUUAUGUAACCAAAUCCAAAUGCACUGGCCGUUGGUCUCGUUUGUCCAUCAUGGUCAACAAGAAAGGUCUCUCCUUGGUGGUCUGUGGAUACAAGGAUGGCAAGUACUUGUUGGAACAUUAUCCCAAGAAAUACUUUGGCAAGGUACUAUCGGUUGGAAAAUCUUGCAUUCGCUUUACGAAACUAGAAGACUUGAAUAUGGAGCAUAUUGGUGAGGUCUUGGAAGAGUCCAACUCGGCAGAUAUCAGUGCCAUGUUUGCUUGA